AUUCACUUUUGUUCCCAGUUCACAAUUGCGAUCUUGUUAUAUUGUUUUGAGACCAUGAAUAGAAUAAUAAUUAUGAUAAUUUAGCGUAUUAUAACUUAAAUACCGUACUAAUUAACUGUCACUUUUAUCUUUACUUAUUGAUAUCAAUAUACAGUUGAGAUAAUUUAUUUUAUAAUCAGAUUUCAGUAGUACUCUAAAGUUCUAUGCUACUGAAGAAUUAUUACUAUUUCCUGUUGACGAAACGAAUAUGUUUACUGUUUAUAAUACGGUCUAACGUCUAACGUUGCAACGUAACAAUCAUGGUAAUGCCUUGGACUACAUAAUAAAUAGUUAUGAGUUAGAAUUUUGUCAUUCAAAAUGCGGGUGAAUAUAAAGAAACUACUGAUUAUUUGUGCCGUUUUAGUGUUGUUAUGGUUUAUUGUGUCCCAUUCAUCAAUAAUAGAGUUACCAAAGACGGUUUCCAACAAGCAUAGUUUGUUAGAUAUUGAAAAUAAGAUAGAUCAUUUACAAGAACAAAUGGACAGCCAACUGAGUGAAAGUCGUAUUUUGUUGGAUAAAGUAAAGGAACAUUUGAAGAAAGUUAGGGUUAAUGAUGGCGUGAAGGAUAGCAGCAAUGAAGGGAACUUGAUGCCAGAUACAGCGGAUGUAGUUCUGCCCGUGCUGCUUAUAGCAUGCGACAGGGUCACGGUGAAGCGAUGCCUGGACAACUUGGUGAAGUAUAGACCAGACAAAUAUACAUUCCCGAUUAUUGUUAGUCAGGACUGCGGUCACAACGCCACGUACCAGGUGAUAAAAAACUUCACGAAUGCCGACCCCACGAUCACAGUGGUGCGGCAGCCGGACCUCUCGGAGAUACCGCUGCCCCGCGCCAAGGUCAAGUUCAGGGGGUACUACAAGAUUGCGCGCCACUACAAGUUCGCACUGAACCACGUGUUCAACACGCUGGGACACGAAGCCGUGAUUAUUGUCGAAGACGACCUGGACAUAUCGCAAGACUUCUUCGAAUACUUCCGCGGCACGUAUCCACUAUUGCUUAAAGAUCCCAGUCUCUGGUGUAUAUCGGCAUGGAACGACAACGGCAAGAAGGAUGUGAUAGACAUGACCAGGCCCGAGCUGCUGCAUCGCACCGACUUCUUCCCGGGGCUGGGGUGGACCCUACGCCGGGACACGUGGCUCGAGCUGGAGCCGCGCUGGCCUGAGGCAUUCUUCGACGACUGGCUGCGCAACCCUGAGAACACACACGGCAGGGCGUGCAUCCGUCCCGAGAUAUCCAGGACGUUCACAUUCGGAAAGGUGGGCGUGAGUAAAGGAUUGUUCUACGAUAUGCACCUUCGUGCGAUGCAACUCAACAUGGACUAUGUGGAGUUCACUAAACUAAACCUCACUUACUUACUCAAGGAAAACUACGACGCAGCCCUAAUGUCGACGGUGUAUUCGUUGCCCGAGUCGACCGCGGACGAGGUAGUGUCCCUGCCCGUGGGCGGCGACCCUCCCGCCGUCCGAGUGAGCUACUCCAACGCGAAGACUUACCAGAAAGCAGCCAAGAAACUUGGACUCAUGGACGAUUUUAGAAGCGGCGUACCUCGUACGGCCUACAGGGGCGUAGUGUCAUGCUUCGUUCGCGGCCGUCGGGUAUGGCUGGCGCCCGCCGGCGCCUGGCACGGGUACGACCCCAGCUGGGGCUAGCGGACGUCCCGCCGCCGGGGACAUGACCCCACUUGGGGCUAGCACCACGCCCGCCACUAGUGACAAUCCUAUUUGGGUUACACUCCGCAUCUUCACCGUCACAAGGUACAACCCUAAUCGAGAUUCUACAUCGCCCGUCUAGUGAACGUACUACUUGGAAUUUGACCCAAAGCUCUCCCGGUGAAGUAUGACUCCUAUUUGGGGUUUGAGUUUACAAUGAUAACUCUAAUUGGAUUUGACCCUGUAUUUUCGACUCCUAACGACUCACUAGGGUUGUCAAACCCAUAAAAUUGUUAUUUUACACCUAGACGUGAGUAAUAUCUAUACCGUUCUGAUAUCUAUAUAUUGGGUUUCUCUGGACAUUGCUGGUGUAAAAAAAGGUCAUCAAGCAUUCCAAUAAUGUCUGUACCAGGCAGAUAUUCAUUUCAAUAUUAUAUAUUGGAUAACUGCUUUUUUAAUAUAUACGUUAUUGGGCCAAUAUAUAGUUAUUGCUAUAUAUUAUACACCUCUAAUGGUACCAUUGCGGAGAUUACACCAUUUAGGGUUAGUACCGAACCGGGAACACUAGAUGGAGCUACUGUCACAACCUUUGCUAAAUAUACAAUCACUGCCCUAUUGGAAAGGACCAUAACAUUGAUUUAAUUAAAAAAAAGUGAUAUUAAAAGAAUGUAUGUAUUACAUUUAUUAAAAGUGAUAUUGGAAUAUGUACUUUAUUCCUACUGUAAAUAAAGCUGUAUAUAGACUGAAUGUGAGACUGUGUAUAAAGUUUAAAUUAGCAAGUGUGAAAUGACUUGUGGAGAUCGAAAAUAUGCAAUAGUAGUUUUUAUAAACAUUAGGAUCGAUUCUGAAGCUCUAAACCUAUCUCUAAAUUUAAGAAUUUCACUUUAAUAUAACAGCCAAGUCUAUUUCAUCAUUAUUUCAGCCAUUAUUCGUCCACUGCUGAACAAGGCCUCCUCUGUAGACUGCCAUAAAGAACGGUCCCGAGCCACUGACUCCCUGCAAUGCAUUUUAGGUCGUCACUCUAUGUAGUAGGAGGGUUGUCCUACACUGUAUUUGCCCGUACGGAGUCACCAUAUAUCGACAUUGAAGUCUAUAUACCAAGGACCAAUAUAAACAAAAUUUAUAAUUGAUUUAAGUCAAAAUUAUUUAAUUUUUUAGUCUAUGAUGGUCCAUGAAAUAGUAAUUUCGCGAAAUUAUAAUUUAAAAUAUAAGUUAAUAGGAAAGGUGCUUCAGAAUCGAUCCCAGUUUCCUUUUAAGCGUUUUAUAAUUGAUCGUAGUACGAUAUAAUAUCGUACGAUUUUACCGUCGCGAUAUAAUAUAUAUUUUUUUUUUCUGCUUGCCUCAUGGUUGACUGGUAAAGGACGCCAUUAGAUGUUGAGAUUGUGACGGUAGAAUCCGACGUAACGGUAUUAUUUCAUGAUAUGUGAAUUUAUAAACGCGACCAACCACUAUCCACUUUAGGUGUUUAUAUUAUUUUUAAAGUGGACAAAGACUUCCAUUUUUAGGAAUUAAAUGCGCUGUGAUUCUUAAAGUGUUUAUUUAUUAAUAUAAUAAUAUUUCUUGACUAAAUAUUGUGUGGUAUUUAAACAUUUUUAUAAUUUAUAAAUAUCAUUUCGUCAUUGAUAUAAAGAAAACACAAGAUACACAAUCGUACUAAAAAUUGUGUACAUCGAAAGCAAAUAUUUAACCAAAUUAUACACUACUUAAUUAAAGUUCCAUCCUAACCAUCUGGACGAGUGGCGGUCCUCCACCGUGCGUUUUUCAAGGCACUUUCUUCCACGCACAACCAUUCUUUGGAAUUAACUUCCAGCAGCAGUAUUUCCGAACCGAUACGACAUCGUAACCUUUAAGAAAAGAGCAUAUUCCUUUUUAAAAGGCCAGCAUCACCUGCGAUGUCUCCGGUGUUGCGGGUGAUAGGGUUUAUUAAUACCAGAGGGAGACUUUGUACAAAAGUCGAUUGCUUGUGUACCUCUGUCUCAUUUUUGUUUCAACCGUGAAGCAGUUGUGUUUGCAUGGCUGUGUUUCGGUUUGACGGGUGGGAUAUGGCGUGAAUUUACUGGGUACAGAGGAAUAACACUUGAGUCCUCAGAAAUGGCAACGUAUGGGAGGUAUCAUGGGCGAAACAGUAUACUCUGUUAUGUCCAUGGUACUGCUCAUGUCUAUAGGCGACGGUUACCACUUUCCAUCACGCGGGCCGUCAGCUUGUUUGCCAUUCUAAGUUGUAUAAAAAAAAAAGUUAAAACGCUUGGCGCGUUGGCAAGCUUUGAUAAUGUUCACUGCUGUUGGCUGACAAGAAACGGCCACUUUAUUUGUUCAAUUUAAUUUGGGAACAGUUUUAAGUGCCACUUUUGUAUGGGAUCGUGAAUCUUGGUUUUUCCUUUAUAUCAAUGUAUUUAAAUUUGUAUGUCAAUACAGGUGUUUACAUUUAUUAUUAUAUAUUAUUAAAUUUCACAAUAAUAUCAGAUUAUUGUGAUUUUUGCAAGACCACAGUGGUGCAGUGUAUAACACACCGUCUUCCGAUGGUCACGGGCUCGAUGCUCACACAAUCCAAACAUUUGUAUUUAGGAGUGUGUCUGUUUGUAUUGAUCUGAGUGUUUUCUAUGUAUAUAAUAUGUAUAUAUUUACAAAAAAGGUAUUAAAUUAUAUCUAUGGAUUGUCUAGUAGGCAUAGGUAAUAUAGAUACC